AUGUCUCAGCAUGAUCUGCCUCGUUCAAGCCAAACCAAGGACAAAAACUUGAUUUCAAUUAGCUAUAUGCUAAUAGUUCUUGCAGCCCUGAUACUGCCGCUGCUAAUUGCCCUUGUGCUGAGGGAAAUCAUACGUUGUGUUCUGAGAUACAACGGAAGAUUUCCCUUCGAGUCUGCAGAAGCUGCAAUUGCACGUUUGGCAUCAAAUGGGUUGGAUAAAAGUGAGUUGAGAAAGAUUGAAGUGAUAGUCUACGAGCCAGGAUUGAAGAUGUGCUGCCAAGAAUCAGACAUAGACACCAAGAAGAUCAGGACAAGUCAAGACCUUCACAUCCUGCAUAUGAGGACUCAAGUAGCAGCUCAAAAUGUCAAGCACCAGAUAAAUAAUGCUGCAAUCUAA